AGUGGAGAGCACCGAGUCAAUGAGUGAGUGAGGCUCUUUGACUCAAAACACUCAGCGAAGCAAGCACCAAGCGGUGGCCCAUAUAUAUUCAUAUAUAUAUAUAUAUAUAUAUGCACCCUACUUUACUACUACUAGUAGCAGCAGAUAGAUAGAUAUUAUUGUUAGUGGAUCUAUCCAUCAAGAAAGAACAAUGAUGGCACCCAGAGGAAGAGGGCAGCAACUAGAAGCAGCAGCAGCAGCACUAGUACCGUUCUUACUGUUGCUAGUACUAAUGGCGGCCACUAGGGUUGAGUGUGUUUCGUCUCGGUUUAUCCCCCGAAAUAACCACCUUCCCAGAAGAGAUCUGCUCGCUAAUGGCCUUGGCAUGACUCCUCCAAUGGGAUGGAAUAGUUGGAAUCACUUCUAUUGCAACAUUAAUGAAAAGGUCAUCAAAGAAACUGCUGAUGCUUUGGUUUCAACCGGUCUUGCUAAAAUUGGUUACAAAUAUGUCAAUAUAGAUGAUUGCUGGGCAGAAAUUGCACGUAAUGACAAGGGUGAACUAGUUCCCAAAAAAUCAACAUUUCCUUCUGGCAUUAAAGCUCUUGCAGACUAUGUUCACAGUAAAGGUCUUAAGCUGGGAAUCUACUCGGAUGCUGGUUAUUUUACAUGUAGCAGAACAAUGCCUGGCUCACUUGGUCAUGAAGAGCAGGAUGCCAAAACAUUCGCUAAAUGGGGUAUUGAUUAUCUGAAGUAUGAUAACUGUAACAAUGAUGGCACAAAGCCAACUGUUCGGUAUCCUGUAAUGACUCGAGCUCUAAUGAAGGCAGGCCGUCCUAUCUUCUUCUCACUAUGUGAAUGGGGAGACAUGCACCCGGCUUUAUGGGGUGCCAAGGUUGGAAAUAGUUGGAGAACUACUGGCGAUAUUGCUGAUACAUGGGAAAGUAUGGUCUCUAGAGCUGACAUGAAUGAGGUUUAUGCUGAGUAUGCAAGGCCUGGCGGAUGGAAUGAUCCUGACAUGCUUGAGGUGGGAAAUGGAGGGAUGACCCACGAAGAAUAUAAGGUCCAUUUUAGUAUAUGGGCCAUUUCCAAGGCUCCUCUACUCAUAGGCUGCGACGUGAGGAAUGCAUCAAAAGCGACCUUGGAAAUCAUUGGGAAUAAGGAGGUGAUUGCUGUUAACCAAGAUCCACUUGGUGUUCAAGCUAAAAAGGUCAGAUGGGAAGGUGAUCUUGAGGUUUGGGCAGGUCCCCUUUCACGCUAUAGGGUAGCUGUAGUCCUGGUCAAUCGCGGUUCUUGGCGCAUUGCCAUCACAGCCCGCUGGGAUGAUGUUGGAAUUCCUCGAAACAGCCUAGUCGAAGCAAGAGACCUUUGGAAGCACAAGACUCUAACAACACGAUUCGUCGGCAACCUGACAGCCACUGUGGAACCUCAUUCAUGCAGGAUGUAUGUCUUGAAGCCUAUUUCUUGAGCAAUUCUAAUUCGAUCAGCAUACAGUUUGCAGUAGAUAUUGUGAAUUUUGAUGUCAAGUUGUGUAGUUCACGUCCACGUUUGUUGAGAAGGGUAGUUAUGUGUGCAAAAUAACGUCUGUUUAUGACUUGAAACUGAAGAAAAAUAAACAUUUGUUAAUAAGAUGGGACCCCAGGCUCUCUCUACC